AUGGUUCUUAGAAAGCCCAUCUUCGCCAACAAGGAGGAUGCCAACGCACGUGAGGCGUUGAAGCUCUACGAGAGUAAACAGUAUAAAAAGGCUUUGAAGCUUGUGGACCAGAACCUUAAGAAAAACUCCAGCCAUGCUGAGUCUUUGGCGUUGAAGGGCUGUUGCAACUUCUACUUGGGCCAUAAGAGUGAAGCUGAGCCUUAUAUCAUCAAGGCCACGCUGAAGGAUCUGGGCAACUACUUGGUUGAUCAUCUUGCGGGUAUUUACUAUAGAAGCAUUGACAAUUACCCGGAGGCUGCAAAAUGGUUCAAGGCUGCCGUGGAUAACGGUCUGCCUAAUACUUUGCUCUUGAGGGACUUGUCGCUUCUUCAAUCUCAGGUUAGGGAUUUCAAGAACUUGAAGGAUUCUAGACAGAGGUUUUUGGAGUCCCAGCCGGGCUACAGAGCCAAUUGGACUGCGGUCGCUGUGGCCCACCACUUGGAUAAGGACUACGACGCUUGUGUUAGUACUUUGGCUAAGAUCGAGAACAUCAUCAAGGAUCACUUGCAAGAACAGGAUCGUUAUGAACAGAAUGAGUGUGUUUUGUAUAAAAGCAACGUUAUCGCUGAGGCUGGAAACUACGCUAGAGCUUUGGAGGACUUGGAAAACGAUAAGGCUGAGAUCAGAGAUAUGACUUCGUACAUGGAGUACAAAGCCAAGUACCUUAUGCUUUUGGGUCAACAGAAAGAGGCUUCUGUGAUUUACCGUCAGUUAUUGCAGAGAAACCCUGACGAUGUGGGCUACUAUAACCUCUUGGAGACUUGUUUGGGUACCGUUGGAGGCCCAGUGGAGACCAGAUUGGCUCUUUACGAUAAGUUGGCCAAGUUUUACCCUCGCUCUGACCCUGCUCAGUACUUGCCCUUGACUUUCUUGCCGGCUGCUCAUCCUGAGUUCGAAAAGAGAGCCACUUCUUAUAUCACCAGCCAAUUGAAGCGUGGCGUGCCAGCUACAUUUGUGAAUGUCAAGCCACUUUACAGAAAUAAGAAGAAGAUCGCCGUUAUUCAAAAGAUUGUGGAAGAAUUCCUCGCUAACGAAGUAUCGAAAUUGAACCCAACCGUGUUCGUGUGGGUGUCAUACUUCUUGUCCCAGCAUUACUUAUACUUGGGCAACUUGGACUUAGCUAUGGACCACGUCCAGCGUGCCUUAGACCACAGCCCUACCCUCGUCGAAUUGUAUAUUCUCAAGGCCAGAGUCACGAAACACUUGGGUAAGUUGGAAGAAGCAAAGGAUAUCAUGGAAGAAGGCCGUCUGUUAGACUUGCAAGAUAGAUUUGUCAACUCCAAGGCUGCCAAAUACCUUCUCAGAGCUAACCAUGUGGAUAAGGCAAUUGAGGUGGUGUCCUUGUUUACCAAGCUAGACGAGACCGCUGUUAAUGGUCUUAAAGACUUGCACACCAUGCAAGCAAACUGGGUGUUGGUUGAGAGUGCAGAGGCAUACCAGAGAUUAUACGAGCAAAAACUCUCUGAAAUUAAAGCAUUGGCUGAGGACACUCCUCAUUCUGAAGUUGCUGAGUUGGUGGAUCUGGCUGAUAUUUACAGAGGUUUGGCCUUGAAGCGUUUCUUGGCCAUUGUCAAGGUAUUCAAAACUUUCAACUCUGACCAGUUUGACUUCCACUCUUAUUGUAUGAGAAGAGGUACUCCUCGUGAUUAUGUGGACACGUUGAAAUGGGAGGACAAGCUUCACUCCACUCCUAUUUAUGUGCGUGCCAUGAGAGGUCUUUUCAAGUUGUACUGGGAGAUCUAUAACGAGUCUAAGACUGACUUGCAAAACGGCGACGUCAAGUCUUCAAAGAACAAAAAGGCUAAGAAAUCAAAACCUUUGAAUGUCAAGAAGAAGAGCGAGAUGAUUGCAAAGGUUGAAUCUGAAAAAGAUGAUGCCGAUCCAUUGGGUGCCAAGUUGCUACAAGACCUCAAGACCAGUGAUCAUUUAUUCAAAGAUAUGGAGAAGUAUGUGACUCAAUUGACAUCGGAAGCCGACGGCUACAGAUGUACAUGGGAGCUUGCCUUUGAUUUACAUAUUGAGGACGCCAAGUACGUGCUUGCAUUGCAAGCGCUCAAGAACUUGGCAAAGCUUGCAUCUCCUAAAGCACCAAAGGUGGAGCAAAGAAAGAAGGUGCUCCAGGAAGCUUUGGCUAACGAUACCAGUGCCAACGCAGCAAUUGUCAAAGUGGUGCAGAAAGGUCUUGAGAGCGCUUUCCCAUCUAACUAA